UCCGUCAAUGCUGCUCCCGAGGAGAGGAGCAGGCAGUGGGAACCCACUGAAUGCUCUUUGAACCACGAAGUGCCCCUCCUCCAUCAGCUGAUGACGGUCAACCCGGAGCUGGGCAGGAAGUGCAUCUUGUGCCCAAAGCUAGUUGGAACAUGAACAGGAGAAGCUGUUUUUCAAGCAGCUUCUGGGAUAACAAACUAACCGUUUGACGAAAGAAAAUAAAAAGCCCACAUUGGGACAUGGACAGUAGAAGAGGACCACCAUGGGGGAAACUUGUCAAAGUGGACUCUAGUGAAACUGUUCUGCUUUUCAGCAGGGAAUGCAUAGUUGGCAGAAAAAAAGGAUGUCAUCUUUGCUUUCCAGCGAAUAAACUUGUCUCAGGGGAGCACUGCAAGAUUGUGAAGGAUGAAAGCUCAGGGCUGGUGUGGCUUGAAGACAUGAGCACUAAUGGCACCAUGAUCAACAUGUCCAAAAUGGUCAAGAAACAAACCCACGUGCUGCAAAAUGGUGACGUCAUCUACUUUGUGUACAGGAAAAGUGAACCUGAACAAAACAUUGCCUAUGUUUACCACUCCAUCAAAAUGGAACAAACAGCUUCGCAACACAAUUAUGGUUCAGAGAUGUCCCUCUCUGUGGAGCCCGUAAUGCUCUCAAAGGCUCCUAAGGAUACGACUCAGGAGGAGCCCCAGCCCUCUACCUCUGCUUCACACUUCUGUAUAGAGACCUCUUACCCUUCUGGUGCCAUGGCAACCAUAACCUCUCCUGCAUCUGACCAAGCUAAAACUCCAACCACUGCACAGGAGAAAGAAACUGAAAACCUGGAGCCAAAAAGCAAGAGAAGGAAAACAGAUAAUGAAAAAUCUUAUGAUUUGGGCAUGCCACACACUUCAAGUCCAGAAGUGGUUAGUCCAAAUAAGGGAAGUCUUUCCUCUAAACCCUCAGUGGAAGGGACUAAGACAGACAAGAUGGAGGAAAGCUUGACAUGUGUUAUUUGCCAGGACCUGCUCCAUGACUGUGUCAGUUUGCAGCCUUGCAUGCAUGUCUUCUGUGCUGCCUGCUAUUCCGGCUGGAUGGAGCGUUCUUCUCUUUGCCCUACCUGCCGCUGCCCUGUGGAGAGGAUUCAUAAAAACCAUGUUCUCAACAACCUGGUAGAGGCCUACCUCAUCCAGCAUCCAGAAAAGUGUCGCAGUGAGGAGGACCUGAAAAGCAUGGACAGCCGUAACAAGAUAACUCAGGACAUGUUGCAGCCAAAAGUUGAACGCUCUUUCUCUGAUGAGGAAGGCAGUUCAGAUUACCUCUUUGAGCUCUCUGAUAAUGACAGUGACUCUUCAGAUAUCAGUCAGCCUCUGGUGAUGUGCAGACAGUGUCCCGGCUACAGGAGUGAUGUCAGCCAACUCCUCUUUGCCACAAGUUCAAACUACUGGCUCCCCGGUCUUCCAAGUCUACAGCCUGUACCUCCACCUCCCAAAAGAGAAGAGGGGGCUGCAAAGACCUCAGCAGAGCAGCCCUCAACAUCCUCUGUUAACAAUGAUGAGUCUCCUCAGGAGUACCGCUGCCCCCCUCAGGGCUGCCAUCUCAUAUGCACCUGCUGCUUCCAGCCAAUGCCAGACAGACGGGCUGAGCUCAGCAACCAGCAGGUUAUUGCUCAACAAUGUAUGCUGUGCCAGCAACCUUUCUGUCAUAUGUACUGGGGUUGCCAGAGGAUCGGUUGUCAGGGCUGUCUGGCUCGAUUCAGUGACCUCAAUCUGACUGACAAAUGCCUGGAUGGUGUGCUCAACAACAAUAACUAUGAAUCAGAGGUCCUCCAGAACUACUUAUCCUCCAGGGGGAAGUCAUGGAAGGAUCUGCUCAAGGAGUCUUUGCAGGGCUUACAGCAGGGCAAGUACCUUCUGACAGAUUGUCGAAUCUCUGCAAACACCAUCCUGUGUUUCUGCUGUGGCCUGCGAGCCUUCAAGGAGCUGGCCUACAAAUACAGACAGAACAUCCCUCCAUCUGAACUGCCAGCUGCUGUAACGUCUCGUCCGGACUGUUACUGGGGGCGCAACUGUCGCACGCAGGUGAAGGCGCAUCAUGCAGCGAAAUUCAACCACAUAUGUGAGCAGACACGUUUCAAGAGCUGAAGAAGCAGCGUGGCUCGUCUUCCCCAGUUGUGUCAAAUGUAGAUAACUGAAUGUCUCGUGCAUUCGAGGAGGUGCAAUCUGUUUGCAUCCAUUCUUGCUAACCGCCUUAUGCAAUAAUCCAAAUCAGAAAUUACAAUCAGUCUCCAUGUACAGCAGUGGCCAGGGUCUCUUUUCAGUGACACUAUGCACAUUAAAUUAGAAUUAAUUGCAGAGUUUAGAAAUGUUUCAAGCUGCUCCUCAAAGUAAAGACUUUGGUGCGUAAUUAACACAAGGCUACCAUUUAAAUUUUCAUCUGUUCCUCUUAUUUUGUCCAGCAUCAACAGAUCAUUUAUUUGGAAUGUGAAGUAAUUAAAAAUCUGUCCUGCACGUACAACAACAAAUAAUGCGAAUAAGGCAAUCUGUAUGGAUUAGAGUCAUACAUGCUUACAAGUAUUUUCUAUGUACCCCUUUAGCCUGUGUAUUUACUUUCAUUAGCGCCCUUACUGAGUGUAGAAUCCAGAGCUUCCUACUACAUGAUGCUGAUGAAAAUAUCUUGAUAUCAUUAGAGUGACAGAAUAAUAGUGUUAAGUGUUAAUAAUAGCUGGAGAAUAAUUUUGGGAGGCCAAGACAGAAAUCAAACUGCUAAAUUUAAACAAUAGUAUCAGAUGUAAACCCCUCACCUCCAAGGGUUUUUUUUUUUUCCCCCUAGGUUCAUAAGGGCAUUAGUCCGUUCCCAGGCAAGGGCGAAAAGCCAUGUCCAAGCAGCUCUCACACAUAUUGGUGUAGAUUUGUAAUCCCAUGUGAUAUUUGUAUAGGAUUUCAUUGUCUGUGGGGAGAGGAUCAUUGAGCUGUGACACUGUCAGAGGGUGCAGAGGCUCUGGAUAAUCAGCUCCAAAGUGAUUCAAGUAUAGUAGGAGGAACACUUGGUUCAGGAAGGGCUAAUCUGUGUUGACAUGCACGGUUGUGUAGAAUAUAGAGGGAAUAAUAGAUUGCACUCCAAGCAACCAGUGAUGGAUGUUUCAGUGGCAUGGAGUUUUGAUACUGCUUUUGCAGCAUAUAGUUAGAGAACAGUUGUGCCAAUACAAGCACAAUAGUGUGUUCUGUUGUAAAGGUGUCCUUUGUACUGCAGCAACAUGUUGUUAUUGCUUACCUUAGUUGACUUGUGUUGUUGGAUUUUGUCCAACUUUCUCUGGUUCUUUCCUCAGGUACAGAAAGCUGCUGUUUUUUUUUUUCUUCUUUUUUUUGUUUGCAGUAUAACCAUGUUCGGUGGUUUAAAAUUCUGUCAGGUCCCGUUGAAUUCAGUGACCUUUCAUUCGUUAUCACCCAAGUGUCAGAAAGUCAUGCAAAGUUUUGAUGUCUACUUGUAAAGUUUGACAAAUCAGCCUCUUUUGGCCUUAAUCAGUGUGGUCGAAUUAAAACAGCCACGCUCAGAGACCUUGUUCGUUGAAAUACAAGGAUGAAGGAGUAGUCUCCAAGUUGACCUGUAUGUAGGGUCACUGUAGAAAGUGCUGGACGAUUGAUGCAGAAUAUGUUAAAAGCAGGCCUUAACUGUCAUCCAGUACUUUUGUGUGAUUUAACCGGUGGUGAUUUUCUUUGUGUAGUAUUAUUUGACUUGGAGAAGGAAAAAAAAAAAAAAACUUAAUGUCUAUAUUUUACCACUAUGAAAAUCUUUGCACAUACUGUCUCACAUUUGUAGGCUUGUUUUUAUUCUGCUGGAUUAUAUUGAACGUCAUGGGAAAACUGUCUGUAAGGCUCAUAAUCAAUGAUUAGCAAUCAUGAAAACUUCGAUUCCACAAUGAGAGCGGAAAGAAAACUGCAGUAGCAAAAAAAAAAAAAAGGCUGUCCUUGAUAAUUUGAAGAAUGGGUUUUUCAUGUAUGGUUCAUUAUGAGUAACACUUCCUGUGGUUGAUGUGGAUAAAAUGUGUUGUUUUGGAAUGUAGCUCAUCGCUUUUUCAUUAGUGUGCUGGUAGAAAAUUUGAAUUGUGCUCGGAGCGCUUUCCUGGCCUCUGCCCGAGCUCCUGAUUUAAUUAGUGGCGUUAGCGGUUUAGGUGUUUUUUGUCCUUUAUUUUACCCUCUCAGUCAUGGUGCGUCCACGUUGGCAUUCCUCAGCAGCUCAGGCCCUCAGCACAAGCCCGGUCGAUCCCCCAACAGAGUGGCUGAGUUUUAAUUAUUCCCUACAGGAGAUCUGGGCACCCUAGGCCAACAAGUCCCAAGCCGCUCCAAUCAGGAAUUAGUAUUAGAGGGCUUUAAAGAAGUGCUUUGCAUUCUCCCUUGAGUGGUGUGUGUUUGGGGAAUUGUGUUGUAUACCAAGGCAAAUAUUUACUUACUUUGUCUGCAAAAGUCUGGACCAAGCUGCUCAGCAGUAUGGAAGAGGCAGGUUUCAUUCUACCUCAUCACAGUUCCCAGGACUGUGGGAACAAACAAGCAUCUGUCACAUUAAUAUCAGCAGGAGCUGGGCGUGCAUCUCUGAGAGAGAUGAACCGUUUUUCAGAUGCCUGAAAACUAUAUGCAAUGCACUAUUUGAACAAUUAGUCUAGACUAUAAUCAAUGUCUGGGAACAGCACUAGGCACAUGCAUAAAUAAUUUGGUGUUCAUUAUUAGAAGUAUCUCUUUACACUAUAUGUUUUAUUAGCAAUACUGAAACUGUCUGCAAUGCAUCUCAUAAAAGACUGAUAGCUGAAGGUAGAAACUGACUUGUGAAGUGAAGGGAGCAUUUAUGACAGUGGAGUCUUUUCUCCAUUUAAAAAAAAACAAACUAAAUCUGUGGUGAUUUUAGUGAUGUUCACGUAUUAUUUUGAAUUUUAUUUCAGAUGGUUUCAAAUGAGCUUGAGGUUUUUACUGCUUGUUGAUUAAAUGAAUGUGGUACACAACACAAGGUGUGAAUGACAU